AAUACAUUCGCUCACAUGUGUCUGUACUGCGUAGUGGGAGAGAUUCUUAUAGCCAAAGGUGAAGGAAUAUUUUAUGCAGUGUAUAACUAUACGUGGUACUUGAGGACACCAAAAGAAGCCAAAAACCUGAUGCUUAUAAUGAUUUGUGCCGAAAAACCUCUGUACAUUACUGCGGGCAAGAUAUUUCCCAUGACAUUGUCCAUGUUUUGCAGUUUAAUAAAAACAUCGGCUGGUUACAUAUCCGUAUUACUUGCUAAUCGAUAA